UGCCCUCGACCGCCGCGCGCCCUGCUUCUUCUCAAAGGCCCCAACGUUCUGCGCUGUUCUUCAUGAGAGGCCUCGCAGCAUCCAUUGUCCUCUUCUCGCACAGGAUCAGGCCGCACUUUCAGAUUCUCUUGGCUCGCUCACCUUGGCGCCUCAUAGACAUAUACCGCAACUUUCCCUUCCGACUCCCAGCUGCACAGACAACUGAGAUCAUCCGCUUUUCCAAGCAUGGGGUCAAGCACGCGGAGGAAGAUCCGCUGCCGACGGAGGCCCGGGGUGCGCCCCCUUGGACGGCAGCACGGAAGGAGGAGGCUAGGGUGGGAGGCAACGAGGCGAGCGAGAUGAGCAAGUGCGUACGCGCUGUGGGACCUUUACUCCUGGGAGCACCUACGUUGAAGGAGCCGUACCACCCAACGAGCUUCUGCACACGGGAGCAGCUCGAAUUUCAAGAGCUAUGGGAUCACGCUCGAGACAGGACGACGAGGUUAUUCCCAAGAGCUUCCGUAGGCAGAGAGAGCAGGUUCAGAAUGCGCGCGAUAUGCCGAUGGGUACGGGAUCUUUGCUCCUCACCGCGGCACGGCACGGGAAGGGCCAUUCGAACAGGGCCAUACGCUGUCUGCUUGACAGCAAAGUGACGUCCGCUCCGCUAAUUUGCGUUAUGGUUCCGCUUCGCUCGUCAGACUUCUCUCCUCCUCUAGCUCCGCGCUCUGAACCCAACUCUUCCUGGUCUCAGCAAUCCUCAUCCUACACUAGUGGUUCGAAGGACAUGGACAAUCAGGGCCCUCACCACGCGCGCCGCAACCAGAACCUGGUUGGAUCGGUCAUGGCAUCCGACGACGUCAUAAUCCUGUCUGCGAUAGCGCACCAAGCGGAAUCAAACUGCCAGUCCAAGACAUCGUCCGAUCACUGCAAGGCCCAGUCUUCCGAAUCCAAACACACAAACGCUGAACGCCUCAAGCGAACAUGAACGUUAGGAGGGGUCCUCCGCUGAUAUCGCAGUAGACGCUAGGGUGUCAAGAGAUCGCGCUAGUGCAUAGCGCCGUGAGCUGCGAAACGUCAUUACUGCCAUGCCUAUUUUCACCUCUUUGCUGUACUUGGCAAGAAUUCUCGCUGAGGACUCCGAUCCAACUGUGCGGUUGGACCUCGCUCCCUCGCUGAACUGGUUGUCAAGGCGUUCUGCUAUAGGGGCGAUCCACAGUGGACAACAAACGAUUGAACCUAUACAAUUCACGACCCUUCUGGAGGAGCUGGCUCCGCCGAAU